AGCCAUGCAAUCCGCCAUGGACGCCGCCGGCGCCGUCGUCGUCGUGCAGGUGCCGGUGCCGCCCGAGCCGGCGGCGGCCACGCGCAAGGGCCCCUGGACGAUGGAGGAGGACCGCGUCCUCGUCAACUACAUCGCCGCCCACGGCGAGGGCGCGUGGAACAACCUCGCCCGCGCCGCCGGGCUGAACCGCACCGGGAAGAGCUGCCGGCUGCGGUGGCUGAACUACCUGCACCCGGACGUGCGGCGCGGCAACAUGACGGCAGAGGAGCAGGAGCUCAUCGUCCAGCUGCAGGCCAGAUGGGGCAACAAGUGGUCGAGGAUCGCCAGGCACCUCCCUGGCCGGACGGACAACGAGGUCAAGAACUUCUGGAGGACCAAGAUACAGCCCAAGAGGCACCGGAGCAGUGACUACAGCAGCACCAGCAGUGCCAUGGAAGCCGUCGCCAUGGCCAGCAGCAUGUGCCGUGGCAUGGGCAUAGCAGGCCAUAGCAGGAGCACUCCGGCGGUCACAGAGGACCAAGGCAGCAGCAGCCACUCCAGCCGGACGGGGGUCACGCAGGACUACGGCAUUGUGACGCAGCAGCCGAGCAUAUCUAGCGUGGCGGACCAGCUCGGCUACGGAGUCCAUGGACCAGUAGGAGGAGGCGCCAUGGACGUGGACUUCUUCCUUCCGGAGCUCUUGGCCGCGUCGGGCGAGAACUUCUGGCUUCUGGGCCAUCGGCGACUUCUGGACGACGAUGCAUCAGUCUUUUCAUGGCAACAGCUGAAUAGCUGAUAUGAUUGGAAGCCUGGUACAUGCACACGUCCGUAUUCAUUUGUACGUCGUGGAAAAGGGUGGGGUAGUUAUCAGAAUCCCCCUUAUGGAUUAUUAGUAAAAAGUUCAAAGCUUGCUGGGAUCCUCUUUCUGCCAAACAAGCCUAGGAUGGUUGUUGCUACGGUAUAGUAGGGGUGUAUGAUAUAUGCCUGUACAUAUGGCGUAUAUGCUGUGUGUAUUUGCCUUUUUGGCUGUUGCCAAGGUAUGUAGUAGGGGUA